AUGAGUUCUUCGGGUUCCCCUCCGGGGGAGGGACGAAAAGAACUACGCCAAAUCUCCAACAAUUCUCGAAAGAUCAAGAAGCCGCCACGGCCGCCGAAGACGGCGAAGACGGCGGCGCCGUCGCCUGUCGUAAGGUACGAAAAUGAGCCGAAGAUCAUCAAAGUAGAAACCCCCCAAGACUUCAAGUACAUCGUCCAACUCCUCACCGGCGACCCCAAUCGUCCGCCACCCCAAUACCCUUGUACUUCUAACGACCACGAUCCUCAGCCCCCGGACGACCGCCCACAGGGAAUUCUCUCCCCAACCCCCACUUCUCUUCCCCUCCUCGUUUAUCCCGAUGCCUUUACUCCGUCACCGUCUCCUCCGCCGCCGCUGCCGCUGCCGCUGCCACCAUCCUCGUCCGACCAAGAACUCUGCAUUUUUGAUUUACUAGAAGAAUGGGCAGAGCCGGCGGCAUUAUCGUCCUACCCUGUUGUUGAUUCACCGCCACUUCUGCCUCCGCCUCCGCUUCUGCCGGCGCCGGUGCCACCCGCUCCCAAUUUCAGAGUUCCUCCGUCUCCAUUUCGUACGUUGAAUACGGAAAUUCCGCCCAGUUUCAACACCCCUCUGCCUCCUUUGUUCUUCCCACCCAAUCAUUUUCCCCACAACAAUUAA